AUGUCCGCCCAACGUCCCCCAACCAUCGAGGUCACAAACCUCAACUACAAGUUCCCAGACUCCUCGUCAGGCCUCGAGAACAUCUCCCUCUCCGUGCCUGCCCGCUCGCGCACCCUGCUCAUCGGCGCAAACGGCGCCGGCAAGACGACCAUCCUCCGCCUCCUCGCCGGCAAGCGCCUCGCCCCGCAGGGCGGCAUCUCCAUCGGCGGCGUCGACCCCUUCAAGGAGGGCCUUGAGGGCGUCACCUACCUCGGCCUGGAAUGGGUCCUUAACCCCAUCGUGCGCACCGACAUCGGCGUCGUCGAGCUCCUCCGCAGCGUCGGCGGCGACGCCUACCCGGACCGCCGCGACGAGCUCGUCUCGGUGCUGGACAUUGACACCGCCUGGCGCAUGCACGCCGUUUCCGACGGCGAGAGGCGCCGCGUGCAGCUUGCCAUGGGGCUCAUCCGCCCGUGGACGAUUCUUCUGCUGGAUGAGAUCACGGUUGACCUCGAUGUGCUGAGCCGCGCCGAGUUCCUGGGCUGGCUGAAGCGCGAGACGGAGAUCCGCGAGUGUACGAUCGUGUACGCCACGCACAUUCUGGACAACCUCGCCGGAUGGCCGACGCAUCUUGUGCACAUGCACCUGGGCACCGUCAGGGAGUGGGACACGGCGGGCAAGUUCCUGAAGGAUGUCGAAGGGGGCACUGGGAACAGCACCCUGGGCGAGCUGGUGCUGGGGUGGUUGAGGAAGGAUCUGAAGGAUCGUGGGCCGAGAAGCCAGGGACGCGUCGCGCCUGAGGGCAAGACGUACGACGCUGGUGGAUACGGAGGUUAUGGUGACGAGUCUGGCAAGCGAUAA